AACAUUGAGGUUAGGAAAGAAACGAAGACGUAAACAAUUCUCAGAUGAAGGGUCCUCAACUACGAAAUGAGAUAAUAGGUGGAGAGUUACGUAUAAACCAUAGAGAAAAUCUUCAGUAGGUAGGCGAUGGCACCGCCAAACAAAGUUUUACGGCUCAAAAUAGGUGGCAGACCAUAUACCGCGUACAGCACCGAUGCAAUGGAAAGAUGUCUACAUGACGUCACAAAUCACAUACUAACUCAACGAGAAGCUUCAGAAAAGUACAAGAUACCUCGUAGUACGAUAAUACUUAAGCUAAAAGCUCAUCGUAACAGCAACGUACAUGUUCCAGGUCGUAAAUGUUUUUUUUUUCUCCAGAAGAAGAAAAAUCAUUCAUCGAUAACGUUGUUCUACUGUGCGAUUAUAGAUUUCCCUAACUUUGUUUGAUCUGAGGUGUGUUGUUAAGAUGUAUUUGGACAGCCGUGGUACCACAAUAAAUGCAUUCAAGAACAAUUUUCCUGGAAGGCGUUGGGCCGAGUGCUUUUUAGAGCGCCAUAAAAAAGAACUUUCUCAAAGAUUCUGCAGCAAUAUUGAAAGAGUUCGUGCAGCCGUCAAUGUAGAAAUAAUAAAUAACUUCUUUGAGCAUUUGGCAACUGAAAUUAAAGAUGUCCCCCAAGACUGUAUCUACAGGGUGUUUCAGUUUAUUC